CUCUCUGUACUUGAUGCACGAUUUUUCUGGAAACCUAAAGCUGCUCUAGAAAAUAAUUAUUAGUUAUUAAUUAAAAAAAUUCUAUUUUGCAAAGGCAAGAUUGGGACGGAGGGCAGGAAGCGUGUGCCCACGCGGGUGCCGUGGGGGCAGGGAUGGCCGUCUGGGGCAUCGACAAACCACAAGCCCAAUGGCGUGCGCAGGGCGUCUGCUGCUGCUGCUGCUCUCGCUGCUGCCCAUGUGUAUGGCCUGGAAGCCCAAGAGCUUGUUCCUGUUCAAUAAGAGGACGGGAGAAGCGUGCGACGACCACGCCGAGUGCCAGAGCCGCUGCUGCGUCUCCAACAGCCCGAACGGGCAGUCCUUCUGCGCCGCCAAGACCAUCUUCCUCAAGUGCCUGCCCUGGCGGAAGCCCAACAGGGACGCGUGCUCGGACCACGCCGAGUGCCGCAGCCGCUGCUGCGUCACCAACAGCGCCAGUUCGCAGACGUUCUGCAGGCCCAGGGGCAUCUUCCUGCAGUGCACGCCUUGGCGCAGGCCCAACGGCGCCCGCUGCGGCCACCACAGGGAGUGCCGGAGCCAGUGCUGCAUCGCGCUCAGAGAGGUCAGCCGUCCCCGCUGCGUCCGCCGGAGCGGCCUCCUGGCGCAGUGCCUGCCCUUGCGGUGAGCUCCUGAGGCUGACGGUGUGCAUGUCCGAGGACAAACUGCGGCUCCCAGAACCUUCCCAUCAAUAUACACCUGCUAACUCACCCGACGUGUUGUGUUGCAUCCAUUUUUGUUUUCAGACAACAAAGCUAAGAUGAUCCUUGCAGAGAAAGGAAAAGCCUUGCUUCUAUCCCAGUAAGAACAGCUCAGGUGGGCGCGUGCCUAGCGCGCAUGCGUGAGCCGCGCAGGUGCUGGGAGCCCGGGACUCCGAAGAGGGCGAGUGCGCAGGGCGGCUGGAGGAGGCGAGCGGCCACUGGGUCGGUCCUCCGCCUGAUUCCCGGCCCCAGGCGAGAGUCCUGUGCCUGCUUGUCCCCCGGAGGCAGAGUGGACGGGUCUGGAAGCCUCGCGAGGACGGACUCCGGCGACCUCGGAGGCGGCAUGAGAGGCCCCUGGAGCCGGGGCCUUGCGCACAGUGAGUGCACCUGGGCCGGACUCACCCGUGGCCCGGGGCUGCCUCCAGGGGAAUUUCAGGACUGGGCUCCCUCCACGGUGGACACAAGGCAGAGGGGCUGGAGACGGGCCCCGGGCUCCCGGGACAGUGACGGGGUUCCAAAGUUUCCCAAAACCAACAGCACAGCUGGCGAGGACGGCGGGCUUUGGCGGACAGACCGCGUGGGCGGUUUCCACGGGUGGUCGACGCACGGCUGUUGAGAACGUGUCACCUGAAGAGGUGGGGAGUGUCGUCCCGAAGCCCUCACACGUGCCCCCUCCUCCCGGGGACUCCGGGGCGGACAGACCCAGGCUGCAGGACGUGGUCCCUGCUGACGGGAGCCGCUGACCGUGUGCGCCCGCGCUGCGGAGGACCCGACGGUGGCGGAGGUCAGGAGCGGCCACCGAGCCUCACCUGGGACUGAAGGGACGUCAUGACUCUGCUCACCGCCACGUGAGACCGUCUUCCUCGUUACCUGUGACUUACGGCAGUUUGGGAAUGACACCUUCGUCGGCAGAGGGGAAACUUCCAUCUCCUGACCCCACCGAUGCUUCCAGCCUCCAGCAGCUCUCCCUGGCGCUCUCCCUGGCCACGUAACUGCGCAAGUCCGUGGGGAUCCGUUCUGCUGCUGACGGACACAGUGGGCAGCACGGACGCCGUCACGAGGCUGACUGGAAUGAGCUGCCCGGACUCGGAACGGACCAGCCUCUUCUAGGACCUGAGCUGGACUUGUCGGAGCCAGUAAAGCCCCUUGGAAGUGUCAGCCUGACGCUUGCUUACAGGGUCCCAGCAGCCUUACCAGGCACCCAAGAAGGUCACGUCCCCAAAGGAGCAAGAGCCCCAUGGGCCCCUGGGUGGCUCAGUGGGUUAAAGCCUCUUCCUUCGGCUCAGGUCAUGAUCCUGGGGUCGAGCCCUGCAUCGGGCUCUCUGCUUGGCAGGGAGCCUGCUUCCCCCUCUCU